CUUCACACAAUCUCUUUCGCCGAACAGUGUGACUUAAUCACUCCUCAAAACAGUGUCUGCUGAUAGUGUAAGUUAAACUGUGGUCCAGAUACGUACGACCAGGUACCCGCGCGGCCACCACAUGGAAAAGUGGCAGCAGAUUUCACUGAUCCUAUGCAUCUUCGGUUUCCUGAAAGAAUUUCGACCGAGCGAACCGUUCAUAUUCGAGUUUCUAACUGGACCGUGGCACAACGCCACCAUCGAACAGGUGGUUCAGGAUGUGUUCCCCAUCGGGACGUACUCGUACAUGGCACAGUUAGUGGUGGUUUUCCUGAUUACGGAUUAUUUCCGGUACAAGCCGCUUAUCAUCGUUGCCGGACUGGCUGGUACACUGGUUUGGAGUAUGUUCGUGUGGUGUGGUAGCUCGUUGCGGGCGUUACAGGUGCUGGAAGUGUUCUACGGUACGUACAUGGCCGCCGAAAUCGCCUACUGGACGUACAUCUAUGCGAAGGUGGACCGGAAACACUAUCAGAAGGUCACGUCGCACAUCCGAUCGGCUACACAGGCUGGUCGGUUUCUGGCUGCGACGACGUCGCAAACUGUCAUCUACUAUGGAGUUACGGAUUACCUUGGCUUGAACUAUAUUGCGCUGGGCGCACAACUCGCCACUACGGUUUGGGCGUUUAUGCUGCCACCCGUUCCCGAGAGUAUGUAUUUUCACCGACAAGAACCCGUUACGGAUGAAGAAUCGGAUCUGAGUCCGACUCCGAAGAAUACUGCCAAUUCUACGUGUAGUCGAGCGAGUAGCCUACUCUGGUAUCACUUCAAAUCAGCCUACACCAGUUUCACCGUCAUUCGCUUCAGUCUCUGGUACUCGCUAGCAGUCUGUUUGUACUACCAAAUAACUUCGUACGUGCAGGCACUGUGGGGUUCCAUCGGGGGUCGAAAUGCCACACUUUGGAACGGAGCCGUGGAAGCGAUUCUUACUUUGAUGGGUUCAUUGGUCGCACUGUUGGCUGGAUUUGUACCACCGUCUUGGCUACAGGUUAACACGACGCUACUAGGUCUGGCAGCGAUCGCCAUGCUGGAAGGGCUUGGGCUGCUAGUAGCAACCGUUACUUCAAGCCUCGUGGUUUCCUAUGUCGGAUAUACCGUAUUCGGAAUUCUGCAUGCCUUUGCGAUUACACUCGUGAGUUCGGAGAUUGCGAAGCACAUUUCCGACGACAGUUUUGCGCUGAUCUUCGGCGUCAACACGAUGGUGGGAUUGGUUUUGCAGACUCUGUUGACCGUAGCGGUGGUUGACAGUGACGGCUGGUUUGCACUAGACAUUCGAGGUCAGUUUACGGUUUAUGGGUACGGUUUUCUGGGGGUUGGAGUACUGUUUACAGUUUUUCUACUGGUGGAAUUGUUCCGGGAGAAAUGCUACCGGGGGCCGAGUUUAUUCCAAGGAAAUAAAGACAACAUUGGGUAGUUUCUUCCAA